AGUGGGAGAGGGCGGGCAGGGGCAUGCUGCAUAAGACGCUGGACGGGCCGGACGGCCGGGCGCCGAGGACGUGUCGCGAGGAGACGCUGGGGAUUGUGGGGUACGGCGCCGUGGGGAGGGCGCUCGAGGCGACGGCGAAGAGCCUCGGCAUGAGGGUCUUGGUAGCAGGGCGGAAAGGCGCCGCGGAGGUGCCCGAGGGCCGGACCCCGUUCGACGAGCUGAUUCGCGCGAGCUCGGUGAUCAUGCUGUGCCUGCCGCGGACGCCGGAUACGAGGAACCUUAUUUCCGAUGCGGAGCUCGACACGAUGAAGCCCUAUGCCGUGAUAGUGAACGUGUCGCGGGGAGGCAUCGUGGACGAGAAGGCGCUUGUAGAGGCGCUAAGGUCGAGAAGGAUCGCGGGUUACGGGACGGAUGUGUAUGAGCUGGAGCCGGCGAAUACUGAUAAUAGCCUUCUAGUAGGGCCGGAUGUCGCUGGUCUGAACAUAGUUACUACGCCGCACGUUGCUUGGUGCGCGAGUGACACUAUUGCGAACUACAACAGAGCGUUGAAAGAAAAUAUCGCUGGGUGGCUGACUACGGGCCAGCCAAAGUAUCCGGUCGUAUAAACGUCAUGGGCUAUUAGAUAUGUAGAUCAGCAUGCUGCAUUAUAGAUAUAGCAUAUAGAUAGAUGGAUGGUGUACAAGAAAUACUUUUAUUAUCUUAGGUACCUACCUUAGUGUAAAUGGUUGGUCAGGUGCCAAGCUAUGCGCGAGGACGAGGGUGGUGAUGCAGAGCAAACGAGUACUUGCCUAACCAAAGUAAACUUAUAAGUCAUAAUGAAACAGCAAUCCAU